UUUACCAACCCGAUUGGAAUAUCAGUGACAGACAUGGCUCUCCUUCAUGCUGAUAGUGACUCUGUGAAGUUGUCCAUGAGUGUCCAAGAGAUGAGCAUCAAAGGUGAGGAACCUCCCCCUCAGUAUAUUGUUAAAGAAAGCAAGUUCGGAGCUAUAGAGUCUUCCCCAGAAUUGGGUCAAAUCCCCACCAUCGAUGUCAGUCUCUUCUCCCCAUCAUCAAUUCAUACCAAGGAAGCAGAGAUCGAACUGAACAAACUCAAAAUAGCUCUCAGCUCAUCAGGCUGCAUCCAGGCGGUUGGUCAUGGGAUAUCAAGUUCCUUUCUGGACAAGGUACGCGAAGCUGCGACGCAAUUCUUUGAACUCCCAGUGGAAGAGAAGGAAAAGUACUCCAGAGCUGUUCAUGGUGGCUCUGAAGGGUAUGGGAAUGAUGUCAUUGUUUCAGAGAAGCAAGUUCUUGAUUGGUCCUAUCGCCUAACACUUCGAGUAUUUCCUGAAGAUCAUAGAAGGCUUAACCUUUGGCCAGAAAAUCCAAAUGAUUUUGGAGAGGUUGUACAUGAAUAUGCAACAAAGGUAAAGUUCAUGAUGGGGGUUCUGUUUAAGGCCAUCGCAAAAUCGUUGAAAUUGGAAGAGAACAGCUUUUCAGAUAAGCUGCUUGGAGAGAGAGCUCUGAUGCAAGCAAGAUUCAACUUCUAUCCACCGUGUUCAAGAUCCGAUAAAGUUCUUGGUGUGAAGCCACAUACAGAUAGGUCAGGAGUGACAGUUUUGUUGCAAGACAAAGAAGUUGAAGGUCUUCAAGUUUUGGUAGAUGGCAAAUGGGUUAGAGUCCCCAUUGUGCCUCAUGCUAUAGUUGUUAACCUUGGUGAUCAGAUGCAGAUUAUGAGUAAUGGUAUAUUCAAGAGCCCAAUGCACAGGGUUGUGACAAAUCCAGAAAGGAUGAGGCUAUCUGUGGCCUUGUUUAAUGAACCGGAUCCUGAUACUGAGAUUGCUCCAGUGGAGAGCUUGAUAGAUCAUGAAACAAGGCCAAGAGUAUACAAAACUGUCAAAAAUUAUGGUCACAUCAACUACGAAUGCUAUCAAAGAGGAGAAAUAGCACUCGAAACAGUGAAGAUCUAAGUUUUCUUUUCUGUAUAUUUAUUUUAUUAUGUCAACACAAUGAAAUUUUAAAGUAACUACAAACCCUGUGAUCAUAUUCAUUGGCUAUGAAAUCUGGUAUUUCUUUUCAUCAAUCGUAUCAAUAAA